GACAUCACCGGCGAGCGGCGCGGUUGGGCGAGGCGGGCCGAUGUCGAGGCGCGCGGCCGAGCGGCCCGGCUGCCAGGAGAGGGGCGCGCCCGGCGGCGCCCCCCCGGCGGCCCCAUGGACAGCCCCGACGCCCAGCAGCAGCAGCUGGUCUAGGAUGGCCCCGGCCCAGGCGCCCGUGGUCUCCCUCUGGCUGCUGGGGUUCGUGGCGCUCCAGGCGGACGCGUGUCCCGCCACCUGCCGCUGCUACAGCAUGACCGUGGAGUGUGGCUCUCUGGGCCUCAAGGAGCUGCCAACCAGCCUGCCCCCGUCCACCCAGACCGUUUUCCUCCAGGACAACAGCAUCACCCAGAUCCACCACCAAGAUCUGGCGACUCUUUCGGGCCUGCAAUACCUCUACAUGCAGAACAACACCAUUUCAGCCCUGGAGCCCGGCGCCUUUCGCAGCCAGGACCGGUUGGUGGAGCUGGCGCUGAACGGCAACCGCAUCCACCUCAUCAACAGCAGCAUCUUCAAAGGCCUGGAGCACCUGCGUGUCCUCUACCUGGCCGGCAACCAGAUCACCCACCUGCCGGACUUCACCUUCUGCGAUCUGGAGAGACUGCAAGAGCUACACUUGCAGGAGAACAGCAUCGAGGUACUCGAGGACCAGGCGCUGGCUGGACUGUCCUCUCUAGCUUUGCUUGACCUCAGCAAGAACAACCUCCGCACCAUCAGCCGAAUGGCCCUGAGGCCCCUCAUCAGCCUGCAGGUGCUACGGUUGACAGAUAACCCUUGGCGCUGUGAUUGCUCCUUGCUCUGGCUCAGUAACUGGAUCAAAGAGGAAGGACAGCGUCUGUUGAGCCCUCUGGACAAGAAGAUCGUGUGCUCCGAGCCCCCACGGCUGGCCUAUCAGAGCCUGAGGGAUAUCUCGGGCAACAGUUUGAUCUGUAUCCCACCCAUAGUGCAAGUGGAUCCACUAGAGAUGACCGCCCGACUGGGAGACGACCUACGCGUCUCCUGCCAGGCUUCCGGCUACCCGCAGCCGCUGGUGACGUGGCGUAAGCUGGCGCACUGGCGAUCAGGCAGCUCCAGGGCCAACGGAGCCCGGCUGCCCGCUGGAACUUUUGAGCUGAGCGAGCGCAGCGUGGGGGAGCGCUUUGAACAGUCGGACACGGGCAGCGGGAUGCUCUUCCUGAACAACGUGACCGUGUCCCACGCGGGCAAAUACGAGUGCGAGGCGUCGAACCCCGGCGGGACGGCCCGCGUGCUCUUCCACCUGAUGGUCAACCUGUCGCAGCUGCAGCAGCUGCAGCAGACGUCGCGGGGCUACCCGGCCGCCGUGGACAUCAGUCAGGAGCCCCUCUACGACAUGGAGAGCAUGGAUUUCAACGCUCUGAGCAUGGCCACGCAGACUGCUAUCGCCGUGGCCAUCUCCCUCCUGGCGUUGGUCGCCCUCCUCCUGGUGAUCAUGAUCUACCAGAAACACCGCAAGCGGGAGAAGGCCAAGAAGGAGGAGAAUGUCCUGUAUGUCAACGACUACUCCGACGGGCCCACCACCUUCGCCCAGCUGGAGGAGUACCGCGACGAGCGGGGCCACGAGAUGUUUGUCAUUGACCGCAACAAGCCUCUCUUCGCCACCUACAAGGACCCUCAGGGGCUGGCAGGGGUCUUCCCCGAACCGCUGCAAGACCAGGCCACCCAAACCCUGGAGGGGGAAGAGGAGAGCCCGCUGGAAGCCAACGAGCUUUUCGUCAACCAGGGACUGAUGUUCCAGCCUCAGAUUGCCUACGAAAUCCACUGCUGAACGAUUGGGGGUGGGCUGUGGGCAGAUGCCACGGGACACUUGGGGUGAGCGUGCCACCCUUGACCUUUCACCUCUGUCCUGACCUGUCAGCCGGUCCGCUUUCUCUUCGAUUUGCAGUGAACAGGGGAGGAACUUUUGGACACUUCCCCUGCGACUAGUGAGCAGGGGGGAAAGAAAGGAUUUGCUCGAGUGUCUCUCCCUCGCCCAGAGCGGCUGUUGAGAGGGGCCAAUUCUCCCCUUCCUGCCCUUCCCCUCCCCACUGCUUGGGACGAGCCCCUGCAGAACGAGCCAGCGACGCUCUGCAGGGAACUGUCCACACACCCCACCCCCAGCAAAGCUCUUCUCUGGUGGCAAAAAGCCUUCUGAUAUAACAGGCUGGUGGGGGGCGUGGAGGAACAGGAAUCCCUGCCCUGGAAUUCAGCUCAACGGCCUGCGGCCCUUCGGCCAAGUGGAGUUGACUAAGUGCUGUACCGGCUAGAUCUGACCAAGGGAGGCUGUGAUGGCCCAUUUCCUUUCCCUCACACGGAUCCUGGGGAAAUUCACCGGCUGGGCAGCGCUGUGAAAGCCCCGCCCCCAAAAUAGCGGCCGUCCUUUUCUGUAGAGGAAGGGCAGGAUUUAGGGAAGCCAUCGGAGGCCGGACGAAGAGCCGGGGCUCUUUGUAACGUGCUGCAACGUUGGCCUCUCCGCGUGCCCCUUUCCCUUGACCUUCGAGGAGCACUGUGGAGACACCUCGGGUUCUUUCCGAGGGAGGGAGAGCCCUUUUGCUGGAGGAUGAAUUGGAUUACCCCCCCUUGCCUGCUUGGCUUCUUUUUAAGGGAGGGGGCAGAAUUGGUGUUAAACCUGCGAGGAACUGAACUGCACCUGUAUAACGGUAGAUUCGAGGGCCGGUUCCUAAUUUGGAGGGGGGGCUGGUUAAACCGUGGCCAGAGGCCCCCAUCUGCUUGCCACCAGCCUCACUCAUGCCUCCCCCCACAAACCUGGCUGGGCACCCCCCCCUCCUUCUCACAAAGACUCCCACUGCGCAGGCUUCAUGGCCGACCUCACCUCUACCCCCUUAUCCCGUUGGUGCUAGCCAGUGCCAGCAGCUGAGAGCGUUGACGCCACGGCUACAAAGAGCGUUGCCUUUGUGCACCACUGACAUGAUGCUGGGCAGCUGAGCGCCAGGGUGGCAAAGCCCUCCAAGCAAACUGAGGGGCGGGAGAAACGCAGGGGAGGGCCAGUGACAGGGCGGCCCCGCCAGAAACUCUGUGUUCCGCCAGGAGGGAAGAGGCAGCGUCGCUCAGCUGUUCCGGCAAGCAAGGAGUCAAUAAAACGUGGUUGGUGCUG